AUGGAUGACGGUGAUUCCCAUUCACAACAACGAGAGGAUUGCUCGGAGACUUGCUCUUACAAACCGACUAAUAUGCAGAUCGUGAAAGUUUUGCUAAACGACCAACUCGGGAAAUUGAUUUGCUUGCACGCCAAGUUUAGCGACUCUCCUGACCAGGACGCUAUCGUCCUCCUCCAGAAGACCCCUUUUCCCAAUGAAGUGCAGGCACUCUGUGAGGCCCACCUAGGACGUCCAUUCUCUGAAGGCAUGAAGCAAGGGGAGGGGGAAGCGCAUAACGGGUCGGAAGAGGGAGGAGUAUUUCCCGAGUGGAAGGCGGAAAGGGUUACAGAUAAUGAUAUCUACCAUCGGCGUCUGGUAAAAGCCGGGCUAGAGGACCUAAACACCCUAAAUAUGACUGUUAUUCACCCCGCUCAGCAGCAGCAUUUCAUCAAGUACACCGCUUCCGGACGCCGGUUGGUUCUCGAAACCCCGCAGAUCUACUCCAACGUCAUUGUGCCCCUCUUGAAGACCAAUCCCCGCGACCUAACCUGGGUCGACAACGUUCUAAAUGGGACAGCUGAGGCCGAUAAAGUGCUCUUCAGUGAUCCGGAUGAAUCCCUGGGUUUCACCUUUGCCAUUGACUUCCGCUGGGAUGAGCGUCAGUUGAAUGAGCUGCACUGUUUGGCGCUGGCUCGGUCAGCCAGUCUCACCUGUCUGCGGGAUCUUAGGGCUUGUCAUCUGCCAAUGCUGAAAAAGAUGCUGUCGGAGGGUCGCCGCGCUCUCGUCGCAAAAUAUGGCCGCAACAGCGGCGGCGGCGGCGGCGGCGGCGGCAACGACAGCAACAGUGCUACCGAGACGACUAAAGAUGAAACAGCGGUGGCGCCGGCAGUCCUCGCCGAGGAUCAGAUUUUUGCCUACUUUCACUACCCGCCCACCUUCUACCGACUGCAUAUGCACUUCGCGCAUGUGGACUCUGCGCCCGAUGGGGGUACUCAGGCAGGCAGGGCUUACCUUGCUGAAGAUGUCAUCGCCAAUCUGGAGCAAGACGGUGAAUUCUACGCCCGCCGAACCAUGCCCAUCUUUCUGCGCGAAAACCAUCCUUUCCUAGCAGCCAUUCGAAAGGCAGCUUCAGCAACAGAAGCGUGA